AUUACACUUCCUGAUCUUCUUUGUUUCAACCUAGAAUUAUUACAAUUUGUCAUGGAUAAAUCUUUCAAAACCAGAAAUUCUCACAAAUGUCGAAAUCGUGUAAAAUGUGCUACAAAGGCAAGAGAGAAAACUGGAGAGAAACUUUACAAAUGUGAUGUUUGUAAAAAGUGUUUUACUCAACCAAGCAGUAUUGAUAUUCACAUGAGAAUUCAUACUGGAGAGAAACCUUUCCAAUGUGAUGUUUGUAAAAAGUGUUUUACUCAACCAAGCAGUAUUGAUAUUCACAUGAGAAUACAUACUGGAGAGAAACCUUUCCAAUGUGAUGUUUGUAAAAAGUGUUUUACACAGAAAGGUAAUCUUGAAAUUCACAAGAAAAUACAUACUGGAGAGAAACCAUACCAAUGUUAUGUUUGUGAAAAGUGUUUUAGACAGAAAAGUGAGCUUGAUAACCACAUGAAAAUACAUACUGGAGAAAAACCUUACCAAUGUGAUGUUUGUAAAAAGUGUUUUAAACGGAAAGCUCAUCUUCGUGAUCACAUGAGAAUACAUACUGGAGAGAAACCAUACCAAUGUGAUGUUUGUAAAAAGUGUUUUACUCAACCAAAAGGUCUUGAUAUUCACAUGAGAAUUCAUACUGGAGAGAAACCUUACCAAUGUGAUGUUUGUCGAAAGUGUUUUACACAGAAAAGUAAUCUUGAUAAUCACAUGAGCGUACAUACUGGAGAGAAACCAUACAAAUGUGAUGUUUGUAAAAAGUGUUUUACCCAGAAAGGUCAUGUUCGUGAUCACAUGAGAAUACAUACUGGAGAGAAACCAUACCAAUGUGAUGUUUGUAAGAAGUGUUUUACUCAUCCAAACCGUCUUGAUAUUCACAUGAGAAGUCAUACUGGAGAGAAACCUUUCCAAUGUAAUGUUUGUCAAAAGUGUUUUACACAGAAAGGUCAUGUUCGUGAUCACAUGAGAAUACAUACUGGGGACAAACCAUACAAAUGUGAUGUUUGUAAAAGGUGUUUUACACAGUCAAGUGAAUGUAAUAUUCACAGACGAAGUCAUACUGGGUAUAAACCAUUUCAAUGUGAAGUUUGUAAAAAGUGUUUUACACAGAAAAAUCAGUUUGAAUAUCACUUGAGAACACAUACUGGAGAGAAACCUUACCAAUGUGAUGUUUGUGAAAAACGAUUUAAUGCAGCAUCAACACUUAAAGGUCACUUAAGAAUACAUACUGGAGAGAAACCUUACAAAUGUGAUGUUUGUGAAAAACGAUUUAAUGCAGUAUCAACACUUAAAGGUCACUUAAGAAUACAUACUGGAGAGAAACCAUACCGAUGUGAUGUUUGUGAAAAACGAUUUAGUAUGGCACGAACACUUAUAAAUCAUAUGAUAAUUCAUACUGGAGAGAAACCAUACCAAUGUGAUGUUUGUUUAAAGUGUUUUCCUCGUAAAAGGUCAUAUAACUGUCAUAAUACACUGGACGGAAACUGUACAAAUGUGAUGUUUGUGAAAAACGAUUUACUGUAA